AUGACAGCCUUUUACUCAGGGGGGCAUGCCCUUUACAUUGCCGUGUUCUUCUCUGUCAUUGACAUAACCGUGAACAUCUUUGGGUUGGCAUGGAAUGGAAAGGAGUUCACAGUGGAUAAUAUCAAGCACUGGUUCGAUUUAGCCAACUACAGCUUUUUGGUUAACCCUGUAGACUUUCUCGGAGUAGCGAUGCUGCGAGAUUGUAUUCUGCUCGGAGGAGGAAUAGCAGCGUGGACAUCUCCAAAUGGAUUUGCUCAGGCAGCAGCAAAAUCUAGUAAUGUGGUUUUCGGUAUUAUGUUGGUGAUGCUUGCCUUCGCCCCGUCCAAGUUAUUAGCUUUUUAUGAAGAUGACAACCUCAAGCUUGCUGUCGGAGAUUGGAUACUUAUGAUUUGGUGUUGUUUCGCUAGUUUAGCUGUCCAGACAUUGUGGACUAACAUAUUUACUAAAGUUCAUGAGUACGAACCUGGUACUGGAGACAGUACUAUUUUCGGGGAUCCAGCUUAUGAAGAACGCAUAAGACAAGAAGAAGCUCUUAAACAGGCUGAACAGAGAGAAACUUUUACCUUACUGUUCCGACUUCUCAGUUAUAUGGGACGUGAAUGGCGCUACUAUGGAUUGGCCUUCUUCUUCCUGCUCAGUUACUCCUUAUGUCGUGUUUUCAUCCCUUACUAUACUGGAGAAGUAGUUGCCGCUGUUUUCGGAAAUGAAGGCACCUAUGAAAAACUUCAUAGAACUGUUGGCGUUAUGGCUUUGUUAUCCUUGGCCUGUGCCUUUUUCGGAGGUUUGCGUGGUGGAUCUUUCACAUAUGCUCAUGCUACCAUUGAUCGUCAGAUUCGUAAUGAUUUAUUUAGAUCAGUGAUUAAGCAAGAAAUCGGGUUUUUCGAUGCUAACAAGACAGGAGAAAUCUGUUCACGAUUAACAUCUGAUUGCCAGACUAUGUCUAACACUUUGUCCCUUUACAUGAAUGUGCUCACGAGAAAUGUUACCAUGCUUUUCGGAUCCCUGAUAUUCAUGUUCACACUAUCGUGGAAGCUAUCGAUGAUUACUCUGAUUAAUAUUCCUAUCAUCUUCCUUUUCAACAAAAUUUUCGGCGUGUGGUAUGAUAGAUUGUGUGCUGAGUCUCAAGACACUAUCGCCAAAUCCAAUGAUGUGGCCGAAGAAGUUAUUUCAUCUAUUCGUACAGUUAAAAGUUUUGCUUGUGAACGCUUCGAGGCUAGACGCUUCUUGGAACACUUGAACGAAACUCUUCGAAUCGCUACAAAACGUUGUAUGGUUGUGACCGGACUCAUUUGGACUAACGAGUUACUUCAAAUGGCUAUUCUGACAGUUGUAUUGGCAUACGGAGGGCAUCUUGUGAUUCAAGAUAAAGUUUCAUCUGGAUUAUUGGUUUCUUUCCUUCUGUACCAGUUCCAACUAGGAGAGAACUUGAGGGAACUGGGUGAGGUAUGGAAUGGCCUUAUGCAAGCGGUAGGAGCAUCAAGAAAAGUUUUCGAGUUCAUUGAUCGGGACCCAAGGGUUGAUAACAAUGGCUCCUAUAGACCAGACAAGCUUAUUGGUCGUAUUGAGUUCAGAAACGUGAAGUUCAGUUACCCUCUUCGUCCUGAUCUCCCGAUUAUGGAAGACUUGACUUUCACAGUUGAGCCCGGAGAGGUAGUUGCAUUGGUUGGACCAUCGGGAGGAGGAAAAUCUUCUUGCAUAGCAAUGUUGGAACAUUUCUAUGAACCCACUAGUGGGCAAGUAUUGCUUGAUGGAGUAUCAGUUAAAGAUUAUGAUCAUAAAUACCUCCAUACCAAGGUCGCUUUAGUGGGUCAGGAGCCCGUAUUAUAUGCCAGAAGUGUUACGGAUAAUAUCGGAUAUGGUUUGGACUACUACAAUGAUGACAUGGUACAGAAUGCUGCUGCCCUGGCUAAUGCUCAUGGAUUCAUUAUGGAUACAACAGAGGGCUAUAACACGGAUGUAGGUGAAAAGGGAAGUCAAAUGUCUGGAGGACAGAAACAACGUAUUGCUAUAGCCCGUGCUCUGGUGCGUGAACCAGUCAUCUUACUGUUGGAUGAGGCUACAUCUGCUUUGGAUUCUGAAAGCGAACAUAUAGUUCAAGAAGCUAUCAGUAAAAACUUGAAAGGUAAAACUGUCGUGAUGAUUGCUCAUAGGUUGAGUACAGUAGAGAAUGCAGACAAGAUAGUGGUUAUCAAUAAGGGAAAAGUAGAACAAAUCGGAACUCAUAAGGAACUUAUCAAUCAGGAAGGCAUGUACAAAUUGUUAGUACAGCGACAAAUGAUGAGUAAUGAGCUUGACGAUGAACUUGUUGAGGAUGUUCAAGUUCCAAUUCAGCCUAGAUCCAGAAAAAUUAGACAAUCAUCUCCUGCUCAAAGUAUUAGUCAAUCAUUCUUAGGAACUUCCCUUGGCAACAAUUACCUGUAG